AUGGAGGAAGCUACACUCACCCCUUUGCCAGUGCAGGCGCCCGCAGCACCUCCCGCGGCCAAGGCGACGACCAACAAUGAGGCAGUCAUCAGUGAUAGCUCGGGCAGCGAUGGUUGGAAACCCACCAAACGGUUCCUCCUGGCGUUCAUGUCGCUCCUCACCAUUGUGGCCGCCGUGGCGAUUGAGUCCACCAGUCUGCCCACCGCGCUGCCCAUCAUGAGUGCCGAGCUGGGCGGCACCGCUCUGGAAGCCUUCUGGUCUGGCACCGGAUAUCUUUUGGCUUCGACUAUAAUCCAGCCCACGGUCGCGUCAAUGUCGCAUGUCCUAGGCCGAAAGUUGAUGUUGUACAUCAGCAGUGCUGGGUUCGCGGGCGGAUCGCUCAUUGCUGCACUGGCGCAGAAUUUCAAUGUCGUCCUUAUUGGACGGACAGUUCAGGGAGCAGGAGGUGGAGGACUCAUCGUACUUCUGGAGAUUCUCAUCUCCGAUCUCGUUCCUCUCGAACAUCGCGGUACAUGGUUCAGUAUCAACGCAGUCAUGUGGGGCAUUGGUACUGCCACUGGACCUCUGAUCGGAGCUGGAUUCGCUCAGGAAGUUACUUGGAGGUGGAUCUUCUGGCUCAACCUGCCCAUUGUUGGCCUCGGAAUGAUCUUUGUCACACUCUUCUUGAAGCAGGCUCAGGUACCGGGACAAAUCGUUGAGAAACUCAAGAAGUUUGAUUGGCUUGGCUCUGUGCUGUUUUCCGUCAGCUCUGCCAGCUUUUUGUUUGGUAUCACUGCUGGAGGUGUUCGAUUUGCAUGGUUGUCAUAUCAGACUUUAUUGCCAUUGAUUCUGGGUUUCCUUGGAAUGCUCGGCUUCGUCUACUGGGAGUUUAACCUCGCCUCGGAGCCCAUUGUUGACAAGCGCAUCUUCCAGACCUGGACGGCGAUCUCUACGUACAUCCAAACCAUGUUACACGGUCUCAUCUUAUGGGCAGCCAUAUAUUUUCUUACCUUGUACUAUCAAGCCGUGAAAUUGUACUCGCCAGUCACAUCAGCAGUCGCCCUUCUCCCAGAAACGGUCGGCUUGUCCUUGUCGAGCAUUGCAGUAGGAUACUUCACUGGCAGAUGGAAAAGCUACCGCUGGGCCUUGUGGGGAGGUUGGUCCCUCACAACCCUCGGUGCCGGUCUCUUGUACCUGCUUGGUACAGGCACCAAUGUAACCCAGUGGGUUUUCUUGAACAUACCUUUUGGUGUUGGCACUGGUAUGCUCUUUACGGCACAAAUCCUCGCAAUCCAAGCCGGGACUGAACCCCACCUCAACGGUGCAGCCGCCGGCUGCUUUUCCUUCAUCCGCAUCUUUGGCCAGGCUCUUGGCGUCGCUCUCUCCGGGGUCAUUUUCCAGAAUUCUUUGAAACAAGAACUCCUCAGAAUCGCGGGGUUCGCUUCGCUUGCCGAUAUGUACUCGCGCGAUGCCACAGCAGCAGUCACUCUGAUACAGGCCAUGGAAGAUGGUGACACCAAGACAAAGAUGAUCCAGGCAUUCUCGGAUGCCUUGAGUUCAAUCUGGCUUUCUCUGUUGGCAUUCUCGGCAGCUGGAUUAUUGCUAAGUCUGACGGUCAAGGGAUAUUCGAUGACCCAAGAGCAUGUCACGACCCAGCAUCUGGUUCAGGACAAGGGGGGAUUAGUGGAUGAGGAAGCUGGCGUCCAAACAGCGGCGAGACCCGAGAAAAAAGCUUAA